GCGGCGCCUAGGAAGGGCGGGGACCCGGAUGUGUGUGUUGGCGGUGGCCGAAGAGCUUGUGAGAAGAGCUGAGAGGCCUAUGGAUGAGGAGGACGCGGCGGCCCCGGUUUGUUCUCAUGAACAAGAUGGAUGACCUCAACCUGCACUACCGGUUUCUGAAUUGGCGCCGACGGAUUCGGGAGAUUCGAGAGGUCCGGGCUUUCCGAUAUCAGGAGAGGUUCAAACACAUCCUUGUAGAUGGAGAUACUUUGAGUUACCAUGGAAACUCUGGUGAAGUUGGCUGCUACGUGGCUUCCCGACCCUUGACCAAGGACAGCAAUUAUUUUGAGGUGUCUAUUGUGGACAGUGGUGUCCGGGGCACCAUUGCUGUGGGGCUGGUCCCUCAGUACUACAGUUUGGAUCACCAGCCUGGCUGGUUGCCGGACUCUGUCGCCUACCAUGCUGAUGAUGGCAAGCUGUACAAUGGCCGAGCCAAGGGCCGCCAGUUUGGGUCAAAAUGCAACUCUGGGGACCGGAUUGGCUGUGGCAUUGAGCCUGUAUCCUUUGAUGUGCAGACUGCCCAGAUUUUCUUCACCAAAAACGGGAAGCGGCUGCUGGAGUACUUGGGCAAAGGCAAGAGCAUUGUGGAUGUGGGACUGGCCCAGGCCCGGCACCCGCUGAGUACCCGCAGUCACUACUUCGAGGUAGAGAUUGUGGACCCUGGAGAGAAAUGCUACAUUGCCUUGGGCCUGGCCCGAAAGGAUUAUCCCAAAAACAGGCACCCUGGCUGGAGCAGAGGGUCUGUGGCUUAUCAUGCAGAUGACGGGAAGAUCUUUCAUGGCAGUGGUGUGGGGGACCCCUUUGGGCCACGUUGUUACAAAGGGGACAUUAUGGGCUGCGGAAUCAUGUUCCCCCGAGACUAUAUCCUGGACAGUGAGGGGGACAGUGAUGACAGUUGUGACACAGUGAUCCUGUCCCCAACGGCCCGGGCUGUCCGGAAUGUCCGGAAUGUCAUGUACCUGCACCAGGAAGGGGAAGAGGAAGAGGAAGAAGAGGAGGAGGAAGAAGAUGGGGAAGAGAUAGAACAGGAGCAUGAGGGCAAGAAGGUGGUGGUUUUUUUUCACCCGGAACGGCAAGAUCAUUGGGAAGAAGGAUGCUGUUGUACCUUCUGGAGGCUUCUUCCCCACCAUUGGAAUGCUGAGCUGUGGGGAGAAAGUCAAAGUAGACCUGCAUCCCUUGAGCGGCUAGGGGCUUCCCCUCUAGAACCUCCCCUUCUCCCUCUGCAGGGCCAGGUGCCCAGUUCCUGGCUUCCCCCAGGAUUGCUUACCCAGCAGGUCUUGGAGGAUGCAUGAUCACUGCCCCUAGCAGCCCAGGCCCCAUCAAACUCUACCUUUCUGACCUGGUGCCACCUUUAUCAUCAGCUCCUGCGCCUGAGUCCCUGGUUGGACAGGAAUGGACCCAAAGAAUGGUGAUGAUAUAUUGGUGGGUCUCCCUUGCUUUGCCAUGGGUGCCUGGAUGCCCCUUUGUUUCACUGGCCCCAUGUAAGUGGAGAGGAGUGAGCCCUCCCACCCCCAGCUGCUAUUUGGGCAUGAGCUUUGCAGAGGCUAGAGGAGAGUCAUCCCUGUCCCCUCCUUACCACAGUAUUUCCCCUGAACUCUCUUUUGUUCAUCGUGUGAACCAGUUGCUGCUGUCUU